GUUUGACCUGGAGGACGUGAACAUGUGGGAGCCGCUCCUGUUCGGAGCAACGAGCAAAAAGCAGCUGAUUCACGAGGCCUCAAAUAAGAAGCUGUACAAGAUGACCCCGGAUGUGCAGGAGGAGCUGGAGGAGCUGGAGGAGCAGGCUUUCGAGAUGCCCAGAUCCUGGGUCAGUGAUAUCAGCAUCACAAAAAAAGACCUGGAGACUCGCUGGCCGGGAGGACACAAGCGGACUCGCUACAGGAAAGCAGAGGUGGAGAGGUUCGCUCCGUACCUGAGGCCGAACGGUCUGACCACACGACUGGUUUCAUACAAAGACCUGGACUGUGUAUCCCAGUGUAUAGAGUAG